AUGCCCCUUGAGGUUGGGAUAGGGGGCGAGACGAUGAAAAGUGUAAUGUGGGAGUCUAGUGUGUGGCGGUGAUAUUUGAUAUUAUAACCAUGAAUUAUUUUGUGUUUAUUAUAAACGUGGGGAUUUAGUGUCUUCUAGACUCGAACCGAGCCGCACCGUGGAACAUACGGGUGUAAGAGAGGCCUCUUUCAGCUGUUUUUGCGGUGGAACAGGGACUCCCUGGUAACCGUUAGGGUUUUUCCCCCGCCGCAGUCAGAAUGCCGCGAGACAACAAAACUUCCCUGAUCCAGAAAGUAGCGAAGCAGGCCUUCAGCGCGUUUAAGGACUGCAGGUCUGCCAGCAGCGGGGACGGCAGCGUCGUUACGGAUAAGCUCAAUCAGCUCGUCUCCAUAGUUACCUCCGUCCGGGCCAAGGACCUGAAAAUUACUCCGCCAAAAAACAAGCCGAGUUCCGGCGCGGCUGCACCUCAGAGCCCCCCGGUCACCUACAUGCACAUCUGCGAGACCGAGGUGUUCAGCAUGGGGGUGUUCCUUCUUAAGGCCGGAACCUCUAUCCCGCUGCACGACCACCCAGGAAUGAACGGGAUGCUCAAGGUUCUCUAUGGAAAGGUGAACGUCAGGUGUUUUGACAAGCUCGAGAACAGCCUUACUGUCCCACCUCAUUUUGACCCUCCUUUGGCUCCGCUGCAGGUGACCACAGUGUGGCGCUCUGUGCUCCGCUCUGUUGCAGAAUACUCAGAGAACAGUGGGCCAUGCCUCCUCACUCCUGUGCGGGAUAACCUGCACCAGAUUGAUGCGGUGGACGGGCCGGCUGCUUUCCUGGACAUCCUCGCACCUCCCUAUAAUCCAGAUGAUGGCCGGGACUGCCAUUAUUACAAAGUCCUGCAAAGUGUGACAGAACCAGAAUCGGGUGCAAAGGUUGACCAGGAGCAGCUGGGAGAGAAGAAGGAGAUCAAGAAUGAGGGAUGGCUUCUUGAAAUCCCUCAGCCAGAGGACUUCUGGUGUGGUGGUGAACCUUACCCAGGCCCCGUGGUUGCCAUCUGAGCUACACCACCUCUUAGAGGAACCUAGAUGUUCCUAUCUAUCCACCCACAAGGGACGUGACUUUCUGCAGCCGUUACUGUGAAGCCAACCAUUGGAGUGAUUAUUACCUGGAAGUUCAAAGGACUGGAUGCUGUGUUCCUCAGGCACCACAGCAUGGAAGAGAUUUAGAAGACGGCCAGGAACUGACAUUCCUAAUCUUAUAAUUUUCUUUGAAUCCUUGUACACAGAUGAAUGUCUGAUAACGUGUUAUCAUUAGACAUUUGGCAGCUGUUUCCAUAAAAUAUGCUGCAGAGGACCUCCAGAUUGUGAUGUCUUGAUGCUAAAGCUUGUACCUGCCUUAGGUGUGAACCUAUCAAUGAUGCUAUUUCUAAUGAAUGCACUCAUUUCUUCUUCCCAAGUACCCACACUACAUUAUAUAAACCCUAUUUGCCUUUCAAGCCUUAAACAUGUUUGGAUAACAAGAUUUUAUUAAUGGUUCUGAUUUAUGUGAUAAAACAGAAAGCUGCUGCUUCGUGAUGUAUUGAACUGUCACUUCACUUAUUGAGACUGAAUCCAGAGGGAGACUAUGGAGGACAUCACUAGUUUCAUUCAAGACUUUAUUAUUUCUUUCAAGCUGUAUGUCACUUAACCUUCUAGUGUGCCUUCCUUUGAGUCCAUACAGGUCUGGAUGUUCUCAUGCGGAGUAAUAAAUAUGAUGAGGUUCCCCAUGAAUAAUCCUCACCCUUCAACACUCAAAAUCUGGGGUUUACAAUUCACCUUGCCACCACUCAACUUAUUAACGUUUGUCUUAAUUAAAAUGAAUGAAGCCUG